AGACAGCUGUUUCGCAGCUGACGCACAGCUGAAAUGAUUUUAUCAUUUGGCACAAAAUUUCGCGGUCAUCACGACGGAUUGGGACGGAUUGGCCUCGCUCUUGAACUUGUCAUACGCGCGUAAUCGUUGGCAUAAUUUUUACAUAACAAUGAGAAGAUGAUAAAAUAAGUGCAACUAUAAUUUAAGCUAAUUAAAUGUACAUAUCCAAAUUCUGGUGCUACCUAAAUUUAAUAAGUUUCGACGAUUGCAAUUACAAAACUAUACUACAAACAGAAUGCUGAAAACAGUAGCCAUUAAUACACGAUUAAAGUUAGGAGCAGAGUUUCAACAACUGCUCGUGGCACAACAAUCACAAAGGCUCUCACAAAGAAGAUUUGUAAGCCCUUUGGCUGCGUAUAACAGGCGUGUUGCUAGCAAGGAAUUGUUGCCUGACAAAGAGCAAAAAGCAACUACUGAGCAAUUGGAAACACUUUAUAAUAGUCUGAAGAAUUAUAAACCGAUUAUCAAGGGUGGGGGUGGUGGUGGUUUCUUUAGUUCAUUAUUUAAAGGUGACAGCAAUAAGAAUGGCGUGGAAUUGAAUGUGGGUAGUGACGUCCCACAAGGUCUCUAUAUUUUCGGCAGUGUUGGUGGAGGAAAAACUACGCUUAUGGAUAUGUUUUUUGAUUCCUGCACCGAUAUUCAACAAAAACAGCGAGUCCAUUUUAAUUCGUUUAUGACAGAUGUACACAAACGCAUACAUGAAACGAAACAACAACGCGGUCCUAACGAUCGUGCUUUUAACACGGAAAGUCCGGCGCCAUACGAUCCGACACGCCCCGUAGCAGAUCAAAUAAUAGCUGAAUCUUGGCUUAUCUGCUUCGAUGAAUUUCAAGUAACGGAUAUAGCAGAUGCCAUGAUUCUAAAGCGUCUAUUUACACACCUUUUCAAUGAUGGUCUUGUCAUGGUAGCGACAAGCAAUCGACAUCCAAAGGAAUUAUACAAAAAUGGGCUGCAGCGUAGCAAUUUUCUACCCUUCAUCGAUAUACUACAACAUCGUUGUAUAGUCAGUGAACUUAAUAGCGGCAUUGACUAUCGACGUAUCGCGAAAUCUGGUGCGACUAAUUACUUUGUCAAGUCGGAAACCGAUGCCAAUGCGGAAAUGGAACGUAUGUUUAAAAUUCUUUGUACUCAAGAAAACGAUAUUGUACGUCCACGUAUCAUAACACAUUUUGGGCGUAACUUGUCUUUCCAGAAGACGUGCGGACGUGUUUUGGAUAGCAGUUUUGAAGAGCUCUGUGAUCGCCCUCUUGCUGGUAGUGAUUAUCUUCAAAUUGCACAACUUUUCCAUACAGUGCUGAUACGAGAUGUACCUAAAAUGAAUUUAUUUAUUAAAUCUCAAAUGCGACGCUUUAUUACGCUUAUCGACACGCUCUAUGACAAUCGUGUUCGCCUUGUUGUCUCUGCAGACACACCUCUUGAUAAGCUAUUUGAUAUUACAGACAAGCCCAUUGGUUUGGCAGACUCAGAACGUACUUUGAUGGACGACUUGAAUAUUCAACAGGAUUCUAAAGAAUCAGCGGCUAACUAUUUUACUGGUGAUGAAGAGGCGUUCGCUUUCGACCGCACGAUUUCACGAUUAUAUGAAAUGCAGAAAAAGGAAUAUUGGGAACAAUGGGCUAAACACCGCUAAAUAGUUUUGUAUAUUACUCUCGCAACUCGUUUAGUGUUCGUAUGUACUUAAUUUAAAGUAAAAAUGACAAUAUUAUAAAAUAUCAUAAAUUUCAAUAUGAUACUUUUCAAAAUAGAAUUUUAAAUUUUGCGAAAAUUUCAAAAUUUGUUCAAGUUUAAAUCAAAAAGCUAAGCUUAUUACCAAAAUUGAUAUAAGAUUAAAAACAGCUUAAAAAUGUAAUGCUAUUACUAUAAAACAAUGUUAUUCUUUAGGUUUCAAAUUUUUAAUUGUGGAAUUCAUUAAUUUAUUUGUCAUUUGCAGAAGCAAACGCUGCCAAGUUUUUAGUUGUAUAUAAUGCAAGCUUUAACAAUAGUAUUAUAAAGUACAAUAUUUAAGUAAUAAAUAAAUGCUAAUUAAAAAUUUUGAAGGAAAUGUAACAUAAAAGCAACGUAAAUAAAAGCAAUAUAACAUAAACAUGCAGCCAGCCAAAUGUGCGUUAU